AUGCUCUUUUCAACGGCAGCCAUUUCGUCGGCGCCGAUCUCUUUUACGGCCGCGAUUAAAAACAUCCGCCUAGGUCGAGCACUUCCACAGCUUCUUGGCCAGCAAUCUGUGAAGCGCUAUGCCAAGAUGCGUGAAUUGAGGUUAACUUCAAAACGCCUUCGCGUUGCUAAGAAACGAGCGCUGUCAAGCCAAAACAAUGAUGUUUGCCUUGUUGGCAACCUUUGCGACAAAAUGAUGACCAUCCACCACUUGAGUGGCGGUGCGCAAGGCGAAUGCUUCUCACCUAGAUACGCUCGUACUGGCACUCGGUGUUGCCGAACCAAGCAGCAACUUGCACCAAGUUUCAGAAGCCACCACGAAUGGAAAGUUUCGUUGCCUUCGUAA